CUCUAAUGUUGGCCUAUGGAUCUAAGAUUGGGCCCAUCGCUAAAAAUCUGCUAUUUAUCAAUUUUAUCUAGAUGAACGCGUUAUUGGGACGUUACUAAUGGAUAUUUUUGGUUGCUAUUGAAAAUUUAGUCGAUUGUUGAAUUUAUGUAUGGGCCCAAAUUAGGGACACUUAGGCCGACAUUACCAGCAUUUCCCCAAUAUUAUAACAUUCUAGUCCAGUUUUCCGUACCAAUGAAAUUUUGACUGCACUACCACUUUGUCUAAAACGACUCCGGUGAUUUAAUGGAACCAAUCACAUCGUCUGCAUCGCCGGAGGAAAAAUUAUACAGCUUCUUUAAUGAGGAUGCAGACAAAGACAAGCACAACAUUUAUCGAGCAUUCAACGGUCACAAAGCCCGCAAGACGUUUGAAGGUUUGAACGCAUCCUGUGGUUUUGACGAUUUAAAGGCCAUGUCUGUUGCUUCUCUAUAUGAGGGGGACAACUCAACCAUCGAGAUGAAUACUGUCAGACCUGAUGAUAGCAAGUCGAUCGGAUCGAGUCCGAAUCUUUACUGGGACAACGAUGCACGUAUCGUACCAAUUGCCAUGCCACUCAAUCAGACUGAAGAAAUAGUGCAACCAGUUGCUGUGGAGAGCAAUGAAUAUCCCUGCAAUCCCUACGGAGAGACUCCAUACGUAAAUAGCUCUCUUUAUUUUGCCGAUGGGAUUAGGUCGGUAGAUUUUGUGCUGGUAUGGAAGGUUACUGCCGAAGAACAAAUUCAUUUGAAGGAAGUUAGACAGAGCAAACGAUUUACUUUCGAACAGAAUCUAAUUCGCGAUGGUCUAGAAUUGGAGCAGGAAGUAAUUGAAAAUGAAAUUCAUUUCAUUAAGAUUCAUGCCCCGCUGGAAGUUUUACGAAGAUAUAGUGAAAUAUUAAAACUGCGGAUGCCAAUGAAGGAGUCUUUAUGUGUGGUGAAAAAUUCUGAUAAAUUAAGUAGGUUGGCGAGUGCUGCACAGUUUAUCAGCCAUAAGAUUCCGGGAAUGGCUGGCGUUAGAUCUCACACUACGUCGAUUUUAUCUCGUUUAAAAGGAUUUGCUGGAAAAGUGGCUAGACGUGUUGUGGUAGAAGAGAAGUACUUUCCUCCGCGGUCUCAUCGAUUCACUGCAGUUUACAGUCGCGAUAAGUGCAGUUUACAAUUUGAUUUGAAACAAGCUUGUUUUUUCACCGCUGCGAUCCGGUCUCGUAUUGUGCAAUUUAUCCUAGACCGAAAGCGUUUUUUAAACGACUCAAAUAAUGAUUAUGCUUUUGGAAUAGAGCGGUUAAUUACUGACGAUGUAUACAUUGCUGCAUAUCCAUUGCAUGAUGGUGAAAUUAACGUUCAUGGUAGUAUGCGACAUUUACUCUACACAAAAUGGGCAGCCGUUUCAAAAUGGUAUCGGUACCAGCCAUUAGAUUAUGUAAAGGAAUAUUUUGGUGUAAAAAUAGGGCUUUAUUUUGCAUGGCUUGGAUACUACACAUACAUGUUACUGCUGGCGUCCAUUGUUGGUAUAAUGUGUUUCAUAUAUUCAUGGAAAACAUUAAAAUAUAAUACUCCUAGUAAAGAAAUUUGUUCCAAAGAAAACAUCAUCAAUAUGUGUCCACUCUGUGAUCACUGGUGCGAUUAUUGGGAAUUGAGUGAAACAUGUUUGCACGCGCGCGUAACUUAUUUAUUUGACAAUCCAACAACGGUCCUGUUCGCCAUUUUUAUGUCAUUUUGGGCUGCUCUAUUUCUCGAACUUUGGAAACGAUACUCUGCCGAAAUAACCCACAGAUGGGAUUUGACCGGAUUUGAUAUACACGAGGAACACCCUCGUCCACAAUAUUUAGCCCGAUUGGCUCAUGUACGAAGGAAGAAAAUCAAUGCAGUCACCAACACCGAAGAGCCUCAAGUUCCCUACUGGCGAAUGAAGUUACCUGCAACGAUACUCAGUUUUUCUGUUGUGUUAUUACUAGUAUGUCUUGCUAUAGUUGCCGUUUUAGCAGUAGUUCUAUACAGAAUGUCAGUACUUGCCACGUUAAGCGUUUACGGAGAUGAAGUAACUACCUCUGCGGCCAUUCUUUUCACUACUGCAACCGCUGCCACGAUAAACCUAUGUUUAAUAGUUGUGUUUAAUUGGAUGUAUACAUACUUGGCUGAAUGGCUUACGGAACGAGAGCUGCUCAGAACACAGACCGAGUUUGACGAUUCAUUAACAUUGAAGAUCUAUUUGCUUCAAUUUGUAAACUAUUACGCCUCUAUAUUUUACAUAGCAUUUUUCAAAGGAAAAUUUAUUGGUUAUCCUGGAAACUACAAUAGAUUCUUCAAUUUCAGACAAGAAGAAUGUGGUUUUGGGGGUUGUUUGAUGGAGUUAUGCAUACAACUUGGAAUUAUAAUGAUUGGCAAGCAAGCAGUAAAUACUGCUCUUGAAAUGGCAAUUCCUCUAUUUUACAGAUGGCACAAUUCAUUAAAAGUUCGUAUUGGAAAACAACGUAACCAGUCUUUGAAAAGCAAAGGUCAACGUUUUGUUAAGGAUCUCAAAUUAGUGGAGUGGGGCUCCCGAGGUUUAUUUCCCGAGUACUUAGAAAUGGUUUUACAGUACGGAUUUGUAACUAUCUUUGUGGCUGCAUUUCCCUUGGCUCCACUCUUUGCGCUUUUGAAUAACAUUCUUGAAAUGCGCCUCGAUGCAAAAAAACUGCUGACAUUUUACCGAAGGCCUGUAUCACAAAGGGUGCGCGAUAUAGGAAUUUGGUAUCGAAUUUUAGAUAGUAUUGGAAAACUGAGUGUAAUUACUAAUGGAUUCAUAAUUGCAUUUACGUCAGAUUUUAUUCCCAAGUUAAUCUACCGUCUUUCAGUUUCUUCUGACGGGUCUCUUAACGGGUAUUUGAAUUACACUUUGGCGUAUUUCAAUACCAGUGAUUUUCAAAAAGGAAGCGCUCCUUUUCAAUCUCAUUAUAAUGUAACCAUCUGCCGCUAUCCGGAUUUUCGAGCACCGCCAUGGUCAAAUGCACCCUAUGAGAAAACAACCAUGUACUGGCUCAUUAUGACAGCACGUCUUGCAUUUGUCGUUAUAUUUGAGAAUAUUGUCGCCAUUGUCAUGAUACUGGUUCGUUGGUGUAUACCGGAUAUGUCACAGGAGCUUCGUGAUCAAAUUCGUCGAGAAGCUUAUAUUACUAACGAAAUUAUUAUAAAGCAAGAAACUCUGCGUGCUAGAAUGGAUCGUGAAGGUGAUGCCGCGCCGGACGAGUUUAGUCCACCUAAAUCCCGAAAACCGAAAGAAACCGAAAACGAUUCAUUUAUUCAGUUGGAGCGGCUUAUAUCUUCGAAUCUUUCUGGAUCACAACUAGAUCUUUUUAUUCAUAGUGAACGUGAAGACCAAACGAAAACUAAGAAAGACAAAGUGUUAUCUAAAUUGCUGUGAACUAGUUUCAAACAGGGUUGCUUCCACUACCUUGCUAUAUUUUUUUUUCGGCAUUAUGAAAUCAUUAGAUGAUAUUUUGUAUGUUACACACUUAGAAAUUAUUACCGUAUUCGGUAAUUGUUUACCGAACUUUCAACAGCUGAACGUUCGGUAAUCUAAACGAUUACCGAACGAUCGGUAAACAGAUUUUUUGAUGAGCUGUCAAAAUUACCGAACAAUUCGGUAAUUAUUUACCGAACUAUUCAGUAAUUUUUUACUGAACUGUCCCGUAAAUGAAAAUUUGUUGAUAUUGUGUAUGUUUUGUUUUUUUUUUCCGGUGAAUUAAAAUCUAAAGCUAUUUUUGCAUUACAAUUAACGAGAUUUUAUUCAAUAGUAAACAUCUAGGUAACAAUAUAUUUUAAAAUAACAUAUAUUGCUCGCUGGAGUAUUCUUUUCGCAGGUGGCUACCAUGGGGAUGCCAGUCAAGAAACAUUGACUGGAACCUGAUCCCGAAAGCACAGAAUUCCUGGCUGUGUCUGAAGAGCAAUCAUAAAAAUGAAAGAAAUACAUGUAAUUAUCAAUCUCAUUAGGAAUAUUUAAUAGAUGCAUUAUUCAUCUGUAUUUGCGAACAUACUUAUAUUGUUUUCACUGGAUUUUUCUAUCACUUUCCAC